UAAAUGUGUGAAUAUGAUGCAAUAGUGCAGCAAUACCAUAAACCAUUGAUUUGACUUAGAACUUAGAAGCUGCUUGGUUUUUGGUAGGGGAUAAUAAUUUGCAUCUCCAAUAAUAUAGUAGUGGUUAGUGUAAAUUAAUACAAUGACAUCCAAAACUCUCAUAGAUUUUGUGGUAAAAUAUCACAAACCACGUUUGUUAAAUAAUAUUGUGUUUUUCCCGAGCAGUGGAAAUUCAUUUUUGGGAAGACGCUUAGCUAAUUCUAUUUGUGCUUCCAAAGUUCAGUCUCCUAGGCGAUUUACCACAAGCACAACAAAUUUUACAGAAAUACCCCUAGCAAAUGAACAGCCCAGUAAAACAGAAGGAAAGUUCCAGUUAAUGUUUACUUGUAAAAAAUGUAGCGCAAGAAAUUCAAAACUCAUCACAAAGUUGGCAUAUUACAAAGGUGUUGUUAUUGUCAUCUGUGAUGGUUGUGAGAACAAACAUUUGAUAGCUGAUAAUCUCAAUUGGUUCUCUGAUAUGAAUGGUAAGAAGAAUAUUGAAGAUAUCAUGGCAGAAAAGGGUGAAACUGUUCAGAAAAUUUUAUCAGAAGAUUUAGAAUAUAUAGCUAAAGAUAUUAUUAAAGAGCCUGGAUUAUUAGGGUAACUAAUGAUGAGUCACUUGGAGUUGAGUAAUAAUGUCGCUUUAAUAUGUUGUACUACAUUAAUCACUGGAAGUGUUCCAAAAAGCUGUUUGUCCAGAUAACUCCCGCAGAAUUCUAACUUCACAUUAAAAAACUUGGAUUUUAUCUUCAUAAUAAUCCAGAUUCCAUCCAUGUAGUGUCCGUCUUUAGUGAAGAAUUCAAGGAGUUUUCUGACCCAUACAAGCAAAAUAAUCUGCUUGCUUUUUAGAAAGGUGUUGACAAAUAGAGUGUAUAAACCUGUCUAAAAAGCAAGCAGCACUUCUUUGAUAAGAUUGAUUGUUGAUCACUGAAUAUUGGGUGACCUAUACUCUCAGAUAUUAUUAAUAAUACAUCUUUUUUUCUGAAGAGGUUAUGUUAAUGCAAAUUGAUUAAAAGGUCCUGUUUCACAAUGUCUACAUAAAGAAGCAUAAUUAUUUUAGUAACUCAUAUUGCGUUUCUCACACACUUAUUUACCAGAUGACAUAUAAACAGGUUGGUCUGGCAACCUUACAUUCUGUUUGAUGAAAUAAAAUAAACCGUUUCUAGAAAAAAAAUGUAAGUUUCAUUACAUAUUUUCGUUUGGUAUAUGAAUCUAUGGUUGUGUUUGAUGAAAUACAGUCUGUAAUAAAUCAAUCAUGAUAAUAAUUGUUUUGCACAUUUGGGUAUAGAAAUUUGGGAGUGUCAACUAAACAAUUGUCAUGAUUUGAAUUGCCAUGAACCAUCCUAUAAUUACAUAUGUGCUGGUUAACUCUAUUAUGCCGACCGCCGGAAGUUACCGAACCCGCGCCUCACAUCGCCGCGAAAAUGUUACGUAGAUUUAAGUUUUAAAAAUGUAUGUAAGAUUAUAAGGUAUUUAUUUUAUGGGCCUUGUAGCCUGAAAUAAAUUAUUUAUCGUUAUUAAAAUAUAGUGAAACACAAAUGAUUUAUAGUUGAAACACUAGUGCCUAUUUAAAGCUUUACUUCUACAUUGUGAAACAGAACCUAAGGCUGUUAAAUAUUCUGUACAAUUAUGUUAAUGAGUAGCUUUAAUAAAAAAUAAUUAUCCAAUAUAA